CAUACCUAGGAUAUAGUAGGAAUGGGUAUUUGUAAACCUAAUUUGACUCAGUAUUGCCAGACUCCUCCCCACAACACUGCUUUGGGGCUGAAACAUCGAUCAGAACUCUCAACUCCUUUAUUCCUCACGGUCCAGAAGAAGGUCCUGUCCCCCUCCCAACGACCCCACGAGCAGCAGUGCACAAAAGUCCCUGUAUCCCCACAUUGCUGCCAACACUUAAUCUUUUUCCGGCUUUCCGGUUCUUUGCCAGCCUGAUAGAUGUACAGUUUGAUAGACUGCAUUUCUCUGGUUAUUGUUAAGCUCGGGUGUCUUCACGUACUUCUUAGCCUCUCUGGUUUGCUCUUCUGAGAAUUGUCUCUUCCUAUACUUGGCCCAUAUUCCUACUGGGGUUACUCUCUUUUUCUUUUCAAUUUGCCGGAGAUCCUUGGCCAUUUUCAUUGCUUUAAGGCAUUGCGUAUACUCUUCAUAUGCCAGUCUUGACAUUUCAUAUUAUUUUAAAAAUUAAUCCACUUCCUCUGGGUGUUCUAAAGAUUUUAUUUUAUUUUUUAAGUAAUCUCUGUACCCAACGUGGGGCUCGAACUCACAAUCCCAAUGACAAGAGUCGUGUGAUCUACCGACUGAGCCAUCCAGGCACUCUGACUCCAUCUCGGUUUUCAAAUUUAUAAAUGUAGAGUUCUUAAUGAUACUUUUAUUUUUUAAAAACAUCCUGUCUGUUACUUCCUAUUUUUCAUUUUGUAUUUUAUUUGCAUCGUCUCUUUUUCUCCUAAUUAGAUUUGCUGGAGAAUUAUCUUGUGGAUCUUGUCAAAGAAUGUUAGUUUCCUGCAAUAAUUUUUAUUGUUGCUGCUGUUUUCUAAUUCACUGGUUUCUGCCGUUAUCUUAAUUUCUAUCCUUUUUUUGGGGGGGGGGGGAGCAGGGGAUGCUUUGUUGCUCCUUAUACAACUUCUUAAGUUAACUCAUGAUCAUAUUUUUUAACGAUCCUGUUUCCUGAUAAAGUGACCCAGAGGCAAGUGAACAGAGGAUUCAGAAGCUAACUAGAACUGACCUUGAUUGAUACCUGGAUUGAAAUUGGUUCCAGAUUGACCUCUAGCAUCCGGGGACCCAGACCCAGGACCAUGGGACCCCAGCACUUGAGCCCUGUGCAUCUGCUCUGCCUCCUAGGGGCCAUCUCCACUCUGCCUCGGGCUGGGGCUCUUUUGUGCUACGAAGCAACAUCCUCGCUCUUCAGAGCUGUUUCUCUCCAUAACUGGAAAUGGCUUCUGAUGAGGAGCAUGGUGUGUAAGCUGAGUGAGGGCUGUGAGGAGACGCUGGUAUUCAUCGAGACAGCUGAAGGGAACUCUCUAAUCUGCUCCUCAGGGUCCAGAAGGGGAGUUGUGGGUUUUAAGGGCUGCAGCCCAGCCUCCUCUUACCCCCAGCAAGUCUCUUACCUCGUUUCACCGCCUGGACUGUCCGUUGCCUCCUACAGCCGCGUCUGCCGGUCAUAUCUCUGCAACAACCUCACCAGCUUGGAUCCUUUUGUGAAACUCAAGGCCAACACUCCGAGGUCUACAGCAUUUUCUUCCCAUGGUUGCCCAACCUGUGUGGGCGAACCCUCUAAGGACUGCCUCCCAAGUUUUGUCACCACUGAUUCUUGCCCCUAUGACGCCUCUCAGUGCUACAGUUCCACCUUAAAAUUUCAGGCAGGGCUCCUCAAUACCACCUUCCUCCUCAUGGGCUGUGCUCGUGGACAUCACAAACUUUUAGCAGAUUUUCACCAUAUUGGGAGCAUCAGAGUGACCGAGGUCCUCAACGUCUUAGAGAAGGCCCAGAUUGCUGGUGUCGAGCCCUCCAGUCGGGGUCCUGCUUGGGGCAUCCUCUCAGGGCUUCUGCUUGCCUUCAGGGACUGACAGUCUGGCUGGACUGGACAAACCCCUUCCCAUAACCCAGUAAAGUCACAGAGUUGCCUUUC